AUGGCCUCCGUCCCGGCCCCAAAGUCACACAUCGCGCACACUCUCCUCUCCCGCGCCCACUCCCCAGACAGCGCAACCCAACAAUUCACCGAGCGCAUUAAACAAAAACCCCUCUUCCUCCGCCCAACAUCCCCCUCAGCAUCUGACAACCGCUCCCGGCGCCGCCUCCACCGUCUCCGCAAGAAAGACUACUUCCUCCGACACCAGAAGCCGCGACCGCUGUCAGCGCGCGAAAAGCGCACUUCGGGGCUCUACGAUCUGCCAAAGGAGGAAUGCAAACAUGCCAUAUUCAAGGGCCUACAUGAAUUGUGGGUUGGGUAUAUGCAGGAAAUCCUGGAUAUCAAGGGCGGGCCACAUGGUCAUAUUACGCCGGCGUCGCAUGGGAGCAAGCUUGUCAGUGCGGAUUACCAUGGUGCGGAGGUUGAGGUGGUGCGGAGUAGGUGUCCUGGAAGAGUUGGGAUUAAGGGGAUCGUAGUGCGGGAUACGAAGUUUACGUUUGUGAUUGUUACGGAGCAGGAUGAGAUGAAGACCAUACCGAAGGAACAUACCGUUUUCCAGUUUACAGUCCCUGUGCCAACGCCGGCUGAGGGUGCGGAUCGGCAGGAACAGUCUGCUGAUGGUCCCAUGCCGUUGGUUUUCGAGCUUCAUGGAAACCAGUUCCAGAAUCGGCCUGUGGAUAGAGCUAAUAAGAAGUUCAAGUGGAGGAAUAUUGACUACAUUUGA